AUGUAAACAGCCGUGGAAGAAAAUACACCCAGUAAAACUUCUGAAAGCGUGCAACAUUUAAGAUUGUAACAUUUAUACAAUACGGAUAUCGGUCAAUAAUACGGAUGUUUUUAGAAUCAAAUCAUUUGAUUCCGACCACCGAAGCCGACAUACUAGUCCUGUCUGCUCUAGACCGCCCCGGUAGCCUCCUCUAGACCGUCCUUCCAGUCCCGCGAUGCCACAGGAGGCUCCAGAAGACGCAGGAGAACCAGUGCUCCCAGUUCUCCGCUCGUUGAACACCGGGAUCCCAGUCAAAGCGGUGUUCGCUAACCACAGCCACCGCGUCGUGCAGCCCAUCUGGAUCGACUACGACGGGAGACCCCAGCAGUACAACGUCAUCCAGCCCGGGACAGGCCGCAAGAUGAACACCUAUGUCGGUCACCCGUGGCUCUUCCGUGAUGCGGACACCGAUGACCCGUUGAGGGUCAACAGCAAAGAGCUGUUCCUGCCUAAGCCAGCGGAGGACGGAAUGCAUUCAUUCGCCAAAAUCACUCUACCAGUCCUGAGUCUGAAGGAGAGAGCUCUGCAGGUGGUCCGGCGGCUGGUCCGCCCUGAGGACUACAGGAGUCUGGAGAUCGGCCGCAGCCUCCACGAAGAUCUGGAGGACCAGCCCAGCGUGCUGAAGGACAUGAGGCUCAUCAUCCAGAGGGUGGAACAGCGCCUCCUAGAGGAUGGGCAGACCAGGAGGCAGGACCCUUAUUAGAGCACUUCUUUAAGGGUCACUGGAGCCUUAGCACACUGACUCGUGAUGCCUGCAGUGUGGAUACUGGAGUCUCCCCUCACUGAAGGCACUGGCCCUUAGAGCACUUCUACUUCUCACCAGGAGCCUGGACCCUUAGAGCACUGCAGUAUGGAUGCUGGAGACCUCUCACCAGAAGGCAGGACUCCUUCAGAACGGCAUUAUGGAUACCCCCAGACUACUGACCAGUGAAUGCUUGCGUCAAGGAUUCAAUGUGAAGCGGGCGCAAUUGAGAAAGUGUAAAUGGCAAUGUCUUGGGGGUAAAUGGCAAUGUCUCAUUUGAAAACCUUGGAGAUAGUAUACCUUCUCUUUCUUUGAAAGAAGUGUCGCUUUUUCAGCUGAACCAUCAUAUUCUAUUCUUGUACCUAUCUCUUUCCUAAAAGGAAAGAUUUGUAUCUAUUCCUCUUUGCCUGCAUACCAAUGUGCUUCAUUAUACGAUCGCAAUAUUGCAAUCAAGCUUUAUUCAUCCAAGGGGCCAUUUGGGGAUUAUUGUAACCAGGAGAAAAAAACGUCCACACUUUAAAUACUUCUAAAUUAUAAAUAUAUAAAAGUAUUCGCAAACAUCUAACCUAAUAAAUAUAUUUUCCCAGCAAACUUCUGAUUUAUCGUCAU